GAGGAGAUAGAGAGACACACAGAGUUUGAAGAAAAUCUGACAGCGAGCAGGAUUAGUUCACGGGGUCUGUUACCCCGGUGACUAACUUGGAGUUGACGUUUACUCUCAGUCUGGAGCAGAAAACCCGAACUUGCCCUCAACCCUGGAUUAUCAAACUCAGAGCUGAUCGCUAAACCCGCUCCCGGAAUAAGACCUAGCGGUCCAUCGGCUGUGAACAGGAAAGAUGUCCACUAUAAAGUGCGUGAUGUUGGGCGACCUUGAAGUGGGAAAAACCUGCCUGUUCAUGUCCUACACGGUUAACAAGUUUCCCUCUGAAUACGUGCCCACGGUGGUGAACACUUACUAUAUGACGGUGAUGAUCAGAGAGGAGGAGUACACUCUGAAAAUGUGCGACACUUCGGGCCACGAUGAUUAUGACAGACUGCGACCCCUCAGCUACCCCGACACUGACAUCUUCCUCGUCUGUUUCUCUGUCGUAUCACCCUCAACAGUUUAUAGCAUCAGAGAGAAGAAAGGAGUUCAGAAUGUGUUUGAAGAGGCCAUCCAGGUGGUGCUGGAGACACUACACAACAAAUCCAGUCGCUGUGUCCUUUUAUAG